CCCGCCCGAGCUCGACACGCCUCGCCACCUCAUCCCCCAUUCCCUACCAUCAUUGCGAUCCAUCCCCCCAUCCGCUUUUCUUGCCAUCUCGCUCGUCUGCGCAGUUUCGCAGAUCCUCGUACAUGCCGGAGGACACACUUGCGGCCUUUCCUCCUGGCGCAACCGGUUGAUAAUCACCCCCGCACGCGGAAUCGAACGUCAUUCCCACCAUCCUCCCACGAACCUUGCCCCUCGUUCGGAAUUAGGAAUCGUGCUACGGCCUGGAAAUCUCCAAAGUUAACCAAUCGUGAGCAUCUCUCAAGAUGUCUCCUUGGCCCCAAUUAGAAAGGUUGAAGGCGCGUUGGUCACAGAAAGUGCGGUCGGGUCCGCGAUCGGAUGAGCACACCAGUGGCACCGGGAACAAGCAACAGAUUCGAACCGGGAACGAGGAUCACAAGCGGUCCGGAAACCAGCACCAGAAUGUAGCCGGCGACGAGCACCAGCGUCCAACCGGGAAUGAGCACGAGAACCAUCUAGAUCCGAUACUGGAGCGAUUUGACUCCGACAGCAUCUCUCAGAAUGCUUCUGGCAGUCCGAACAUCGGUCGAAUCGCCAACAUCGCCAACACCUCUACCGCAGACACCACCAGAGAUAGCGUGAACGUGACGACAGACGCCUCACGCAGCUACAAGGACUCAAAGCACAACGAACUCGUGCACCCACAAUUCGAUGGGCCCGUAGGAAUAGGAAAUACAACGAUCUACUACAUCCCGCCACCUGGCCUUGCCGCAAACGCUCAAACCCGGGAAGACUUGGAAACUUUUGCCGCUGUGUACUGCGCUCAUGGCGCCGCAUUCAACUCGCGGGGUUCGGAUCACGAGCCUACAUGCUUGGCAGAAACUCGAGUCGAUCUCCUCGCCGACAUAGUGAGCUGGUCAGACACGCCCGACAAUGCGUGCAUAUUCUGGUUGAAUGGAAUGGCGGGUACUGGAAAGUCCACUAUAGCGCGUACGGUCGCUCGCAACUGGGCAAAGAAGCAACGACUUGGUGCGAGUUUCUUUUUCUCCAAAGGUCAAGGUGACCGGGCCCAUGCUUCCAAAUUCUUCACUACUCUCGCAUACCAGCUUGCGUAUUCGCAGCCCAGUCUUGCGUUUAGUAUCCACAAGGCUAUAUGCGACCGACCCGAUAUCCCGCGGCAAACCCUACGAGAGCAGUGGAAACAUCUCAUCCUUGAACCGCUUUCUCGGCUGGGUGAAGGUGUAUCCUCUCAACCACAGUCGUUGAUGCUGGUCAUUGAUGCGUUGGACGAAUGCGAUGACGAAGAAGACACCGGACUGAUACUUCAAAUCCUUUCCGAGGCAACUCUCCUCAAAAGCUCGGUGCGUUUGUUGGUAUUCGUCACAAGCAGACCGGAAACCCCGAUCCGCCACGGUUUCGUCAAAAUACGGAAGGCUGUAUAUCAACACUUCAUUCUCCAUGAAAUCCCCAACAACAUAGUCGAUGCCGAUAUAUCCAGUUUCCUCCACCACGAAUUAAACGAAAUCAGGCAAUGUCGCCGGUACUUACCCGAACCUUGGCCCGACGAGCAAAGUGUGGGGCGUCUCGUGCGGAAAGCUGGGGGACUAUUCAUCUACGCUUCCACAGUAUGCAGAUUCAUCAGGGAUAAGGAGCGCUCUCCACAGAAAUGUCUCGCCCUAGUAUUGGACGACAGCAAUGAACACGGAACGUCGUCAACCUUGCGGCAACUCGAUUUGAUGUACCUGAAGAUUAUACGAUACGCAGUCCAAGUUCGAGGUCAGGCGUCGUCGACCUCAGAAGAGCGACUUUCGCAACGGUUCAGGCAGAUCGUCGGAUCUAUUGUGGUAUCAAACGAAGCAUUGACUGUUGGUGCCCUAUCUGCUCUUUUAAACAUGCAACCGUACGAUGUGGACCGAACAGUAGAAUCUCUGGGUUCUAUAUUGCGUUAUCCCGAAUUCGAUGAAACCCCCAUUAAGCUCCUACAUCCGUCUUUCCGCGACUUCCUACUUGACAACCGGAGGUGCAACGAUCCCCGGUUCAGCAUCAUUGCGGAUAACGCACACAGGGAACUUGCGAUGAGGUGCCUGCAGCUCAUGUCACGCCAUCUCAAGCAGGAUGUGUGCUCCUUAAAGCUCCCUGGUAGCCUCAUCGAGGAGAUCGAUCCUCGGAUAGUGCAGCCUUGUCUUCCGGAAGAGGUUCAGUAUGCCUGCAGGUACUGGGUCGAUCAUCUCCAGCGAAGUGAAACCAUACUCCACGACAGCGAGCCACUUCACGACCAAGUGCAUACUUUCCUCAAAGAACAUUUCCUUCACUGGAUGGAGGCACUGAGCCUGAUGCGGAAUAUGCAUGACGGCAUUCUCAUGGUCAAGGCCAUUGCCUCCAUGCUCAGGCUGAAGCCUUCCAGUGCCAACUAUUCGUUGCAAGCAAUGGCUCAUGACGCAGUCCGAUUUAUGCUACAUUUCGGAUCAAUCAUCGAGAUUGCACCUCUCCAACUGUAUUCCUCAGCUCUGUCCUUUAGCCCGGGGCGGAGCUUACUGAAGGACCAAUUUCGUCAUGAAAUCCCGGACUGGAUUGUGGAAGUGGCACUACCGGUUCCCCAGGAUUGGGGCGCGUCGCUGCAGGUACUGGGAGGACAUUCAGCCAUGAUCGGAGCGCUGGCUUUCUCGUUUGACGGCAAGCUGCUGGCAUCGGCAUCGGGCGAUAGAACCGUCCGGCUCUGGAAUCCCGCGACGGGAACCUGCCGCGCCACUCUUGAGGGCCAUUCAAAGGGUGUCAGUGCAGUGGCAUUCUCGCCCGACGGCAAGCUGCUGGCAUCGGCAUCGGACGACAAAACCGUCCGGCUCUGGGAUCCCGCGACGAGAACCUGCCGCGCCACUCUUGAGGGCCAUUCGGAUUGCGUCAAUGCAGUGGCAUUCUCGCCCGACGGCAAGCUGCUGGCAUCGGCAUCGGCUGACACAACCGUCCGGCUCUGGGAUCCCGCGACGGGAACCUGCCGCGCCACUCUGGAGGGCCAUUCAGGAUGGGUCAGUGCAGUGGCAUUCUCGCCCGACGGCAAGCUGCUGGCAUCGGCAUCAGCUGACACAACCGUCCGGCUCUGGGAUCCCGCGACGGGAACCUGCCGCGCCACUCUUGAGGGCCAUUCGCGUUUGGUCAGUGCAGUGGCAUUCUCGCCCGACGGCAAGCUGCUGGCAUCGGCAUCGGACGACGAAACCGUCCGGCUCUGGGAUCCCGCGACGAGAACCUGCCGCGCCACUCUUGAGGGCCAUUCGGAUUGGGUCAGGGCAGUGGCAUUCUCGCCCGACGGCAAGCUGCUGGCAUCGGCAUCGGCUGACACAACCGUCCGGCUCUGGGAUCCCGCGACGGGAACCUGCCGCGCCACUCUUGAGGGCCAUUCGAAAUGGGUCAGUGCAGUGGCAUUCUCGCCCGACGGCAAGCUGCUGGCAUCGGCAUCUAUUGACACAACCGUCCGGCUCUGGGAUCCCGCGACGGGAACCUGCCGCGCCACUCUUGAGGGCCAUUCGCAAUGGGUCAGUGCAGUGGCAUUCUCGCACGACGGCAAGCUGCUGGCAUCGGCAUCGUACGACACAACCGUCCGGCUCUGGGAUCCCGCGACGGGAACCUGCCGCGCCACUCUUGAGGGCCAUUCGCAAUGUGUCAGUGCAGUGGCAUUCUCGCACGACGGCAAGCUGCUGGCAUCGGCAUCGUACGACAAAACCGUCCGGCUCUGGGAUCCCGCGACGGGAACCUGCCGCGCCACUCUUGAGGGCCAUUCAAAGGGUGUCAGGGCAGUGGCAUUCUCGCCCGACGGCAAGCUGCUGGCAUCGGCAUCGGCUGACACAACCGUCCGGCUCUGGGAUCCCGCGACGGGAACCUGCCGCGCCACUCUUGAGGGUCAUUCGGAUUGGGUCAAUGCAGUGGCAUUCUCGCCCGACGGCAAGCUGCUGGCAUCGGCAUCUAUUGACACAACCGUCCGGCUCUGGGAUCCCGCGACGGGAACCUGCCGCGCCACUCUUGAGGGCCAUUCAAAGGGUGUCAGGGCAGUGGCAUUCUCGCCCGACGGCAAGCUGCUGGCAUCGGCAUCGGCUGACACAACCGUCCGGCUCUGGGAUCCCGCGACGGGAACCUGCCGCGCCACUCUUGAGGGUCAUUCGGAUUGGGUCAAUGCAGUGGCAUUCUCGCCCGACGGCAAGCUGCUGGCAUCGGCAUCUAUUGACACAACCGUCCGGCUCUGGGAUCCCGCGACGGGAACCUGCCGCGCCACUCUUGAGGGCCAUUCGGAUUUUGUCAGGGCUGUGGCAUUCUCUUUUGAUGGCAAGGGGCUCGUAUUAACAUUGGCCGAUAAAGCUGCCAAGUUCUACGAAAUUUCUGCACAGAAUAGCAAUUUGGAAGUGAAGCCGGGAGCGGUCUCGUAUCCAGAGCUCAUGUUGAGCGCAAGUAAAGACUGGAUAUACUCGGGCGGCCGCAGACUGCUUUACCUUCCCCAUGACUAUUUCACUUGCUGGUUCGCCGUCAAAAACAAUACAAUUGCUCUCGGGCAAAGCUCUGGGACAGUUUGUUUCCUUACCUUUGAUUUGGAAUUGGUUCCUUUCGGUGAGCUCUCCAAGGCGAAUUUAUUCUGACUCGGCUCUGACAUGGUCAGGGUGAUUUUUCUCAAGUUGGAAUCACGGGGGUUUCAAUGGGAGUUGUGGCCGGUUUUUUCUGCGUUGGGCUGUUGUUCUGUCACUUUUGGUGCUUAGCUUUGGGUUAGGUUCUAGUAUGUACGUUGCUGCGCAGCUUGAGCUACGCGUCAUAGCGUGUGGGGUGAAGCGGUGGAUGUGAGGAGGAAUGGAGAUCAUUUGGAUUUUGUCCCGGGUUUUGGCCGUACCUUGGCGUACUCCAGCCAUAACGAAUUGUGGUUGCAUGCU